AAUUGGUCGAGUUUCGUCUUUAUUCCACCUGCAUGUUCUUUAUCUCGGUUUUAUCCAGUAUAUUUGAUACAUAAACUUCGUUUGAAAUGAUCGCAUCAAACUAUCAAAUCCGACCUCCUGCGUUCGCGCAUGCGCUUACGUCGUUGCCAGCAACUUCCGCUUGAUCGAAUUUCGUGCACUUUUGUUCGAGCAAAUGAAUUUGCUCCACGAAUUAAUUCUUCCCGAAUGAGUUGCGAACGGAUUGAAACCUCGACACAGUGCGUCCUUCACCACUUUCAAGAAGUAAAACAUCAUUCCAAUCUCCGUGUGCGGAUAAACUCGUCUCGGUGGUGCACGUCGAAGCUUCUCGGCCCAGUUAGCUUAGCUUAGCUCGCUAGCCGCUAACAAAGGAGACGCGUUUGUCAGCAACGCAUCGCAAAUUCGAGAUCGCCUGCGAUCAUCGUGUGCAAAAUGUGUGCGAGAACGACAGCAAAGUACGAGAAGGAACUUUCUGGAACGAAAGAGGAGGACGAGCCACGACGUCAACUUGUGGACGCUGUUCGCAUGCGGCCUCGUGUUGUGUUACACGCAGCAGACAUCGGUGAAGAUCUUUGUCCUGGGUGCUGGGAGCCACAGCCCCCUCACAUUAAAGAGGAAGUGGAGGUUGAAGAGGUCCCCCACAUCAAACAGGAAGAGGAAUUUGAGCCCAUUUCCAUUAAAGAAGAGGAGAAGCCAGAACGCCCACACAUCAAACGGGAAGAUGAGGACGAUAUCACCAAGUUUCCAUCGACUGGUGUCCCUUUGAAGAGUGAGGAUGAAGGUCAAAGUGAGGAGAGCAGAGGGGUGGAGCCUCCAAGCUGCAGCUCAAGUCAAGACACGACAAGAGAAGAUGAUGGAGACGACUGUGGAGGAUCAAAACCAGAUGGCCUCUUAGCUCCACGAUUAGAUGUGGUCGCCACAGCGCGUCAUCCUUUUCCAUACAUCAGUGAAGAUCGUCAUCCUGCGCGGCAGGAGCUAGUGCCCCCUCACAUUAAAGAGGAGGAGAAAUUGGAGCCUACUCCCAUUGAAAAAAGACGAUGAGGAAGAGCACACUCACAUCAAACAUGAAGUGGAGGAGGACAUCACCAAGUUUCCAUCGACUGGUGUCCCUUUGAAGAGUGAAGAUCAAGGUCAAAGUGAGGAGAACAGAGGGGCGGAGCCUCCAACCAGCAGCUCAAGUCAGCACAUGACAACAGAAGGUGAUGGAGACUACUGUGGAGGAUCACAAGCAGAGGGCCUCUUAGCUCCACUGUCAGAUCGUGAUGACACAUCACACGCCCCUCAUACUGAUGAUGAUGAUGGACAGUGUGAAGGUGAUAUGAUGUGUCACACUGAAAAUAAUCGAUGGAAAUGUUCUCCGUGUGGGAAAAUAUUUGCUUUUCAGAGCAAUUUGAAACAACACAUGAAAAUACACACAGGAGAGAAAGAUUUUGCCUGCUCAGUUUGUGGUCAAAGAUUCUCUGUAAAGGGAAAUUUAAAAACACACACAAGAACCCACACUGGUGAGAAACCCUUUGCCUGCUUGGUUUGUGGUCAAAGAUUUUCUGUUAACGGAAACUUGAGCAAACACACAAGAAUCCACACUGGUGAGAAACCGUUUGCCUGCUCAGUUUGUGGUAAACGAUUCACCAAGAAGGGAGACUUAAAAAUACACACAAGAAUCCACACUGGUGAGAAACCUUUUGCCUGCUCAGUUUGCAGUCAAAGAUUCUCCAAGAAGGGUAACUUAAAAAUACACACAAGAACCCACACUGGUGAGAAACCUUUUGCCUGCUCAGUUUGCGGUCAAAGAUUCUCCAAGAAGGGAGACUUAAAAAUACACACAAGAACCCACACUGGUGAGAAACCUUUUUCCUGCUCAGUUUGCGGUCAAAGGUUCUCUCAUAAUUAUCAGGCUAAGACACACAAGUGUGCUGUUGAGAACAGCAGUGACGAAGAAGCUUUAAAUGAAAAAAUAAAUGGUUAGUAUCAAAGGAAAUUACGAUCGUACUGAUUUACAAAAAUCUACAUUCUGGCAUUCUGUCUACCAUAUUUUAUUUUUUCAAUCUUUUUAUUUUCUUUGUAUCUUCUAAAAGCCUCCUGUGGACAAAUGUUGAGAAUUAUCACUUGUGCCAAAAUACUUUUGUCCAAUGUUUUAAAAUGAGCAAAUGAUUGACAGAACUCAAUUGUGAAGAGACAUUUGACUUUUAGUGAAUAGGUGUAACAGUGUAAA